AACAAACAUUGCUGAUAAAUGAUAAUUUUUGAAAUUCUUUUCUAGGGUACUGUAUAAUGGUACCCUAUCUUUUCGGCGAAUUUGAGAGCUUGAAAAAAUUUGAUCAAUAUUUGCCAUCAUAUAAAACAAUCUCGAGCAUUUAUUUCCAGUCAUAACCCUUGUUUAACUAUCCCAGUGCCCUAGUUAUACCAACGUUAAACGAACGAUCAACAAUUUAAUUUCCAGCUUGUAAAUGCAAAUUUUGCGUUCGUUCCAAUUCCAAGAUAAGAAAAAAUGACCCAGCAGUACGUGCUAAUUACCGGAGGAGCUGGAUAUAUCGGAAGUCACUGUGUUUUAGUUCUAUUACAAAGUGGUUACGACGUUUUAGUGCUGGACAACUGUUCCAAUACAUAUUCAGCUGACGAAGGUGAUAAACCCGAAUCGUUGAAACGAGUAGAAAAGUUGACUGGAAAAACACUUUCGUACGUUUACGGUGAUUUUUCGGACUGUCAAAAAUUGAAGAAUGUUUUUACUCGAUAUAAGAUUUCGUGCGUUAUACAUUGCGCCGCUUUGAAAUCAGUCAAACAAUCGUGCGAUCUACCUCUCCCAUACUAUACGAAUAAUGUUGCCGGAUCGUUGAAUUUACUCCAAGCGAUGUCAGAAUGCGGAGUGAAAAGUAUAAUUUUUUCUUCCUCUUCUUCAGUGUACGGUAAUCCGCAAUUCCUACCAGUGACCGAAGACCAUCCUACGGGUGAAAAUUGUGCCAAUCCGUACGGAAGGACUAAGUUCAUGGUGGAGGAAAUUUUGAAGGAUAUAAGCUUAUCCGAUAAGGAAUGGAAAGUAUACUCAUUGCGAUACUUUAAUCCCGUUGGAGCUCAUCCCAGUGGAGAAAUUGGAGAAGACCCGUUAGGUAUACCCAGUAACCUAAUGCCAGUUGUAUCCCAAGUAGCGGUGGGUAAACUGAAAGAGCUCGCUGUGUACGGUGACGAUUACAAUACACCUGAUGGGACAUGUGUACGGGACUAUAUUCACAUCAUGGAUCUAGCUGAAGGUCACAUUGCCGCAGUUGGUAAACUUUUGACCGAAAAAAAAGGCGGCAUUUUUAAAGCUUAUAAUUUAGGCACAGGUUCCGGUGUGUCUGUAUUACAGGUAGUGAAUACUUUCGAAAAAGUCAACAAAAUAAACAUUCCGUGUAAAGUCGCCCCUGGACGAGCCGGUGACAUCGCCUCUUCUUAUUGUGCUGUCGAUUUAGCCAAAAAAGAAUUAGUCUGGGAAGCUAAAUACGGUCUCGUUGAAAUGUGUCGAGAUUCCUGGAAUUGGCAAUCGAAGAACCCGAAGGGUUACCGAAAAUAAUUUUAAUAAUUUUAAUCGCGUUCUGGUGUCAUUUACACGACGCAAUCAUGCAUUUACCAUAUUUUAAAAUGAAUUUUUCAUUGUUUUUUUUUUACUAGUAUGUUGAAAAAAUGAUUUUAUUUCUAC